AUGUUGCCGCCCCAGCUCCAGCGGCCGUGGAUCGAUUCAUCCGCUCGUCUGUUCAUCAACAAGGAGAUCUACCCCGAAAUAGAGCAUACUCCGAUCAUUCGCCAGGGCAAGGGUAUAUGCGCCAACGAAGAGCGGUACCAAAAGGUACGCGCACAGAAGAUGCACAAGGACUUUGCCGAGUUUAUUGGGGUUCCCGCUUCUUCAAUCGACCCGCGCGAUAUCCCAGUGAUUGGAGUUGCUGGAUCUGGUGGUGGGUUCCGUGCUAUGGUGUCGACGAUCGGGUCGCUGCGAGCCAUGCACAAAGCCGGGCUCUAUCAAUGCACAAUGUAUGAGGCAGCUGUGUCUGGGUCAUCGUGGGCCUUAGCCGCACUUCAUACAUACGCUGAUGGUAACCCGCACCUUGUCCUCGACAACCUGCGUCUGGCGAUGCGCGAGAAUAUGUUCAGCAUGACCAGCCUGAUUUCAGUGCGAAUGGUUGCGACUUGGAGGCGGAAAGCGAUGAUGACAGGGUUAAUUGAGCCAUGCAGACUGUGCCAAGCCCCGCCAUUCUCGAUUGUCGAGCUCUAUGGUGCACUUCUCUUUAAGCAGCUAAUCGUGCACCACGAAAAGCAUGCUGACACGGAGACAACGCAUCUGGACCCCCACUGGGUGAAGAUGAGCGCACAGGCAAAGCGUGUCGAAUCUGGCGACCAGCCGAUGCCAAUCUACACAGCGGUGCGGCAUUAUGUCAACAGGAGCGUCUUUGCCGACAGCACCUCCCGACACGAGUACCAGUGGUUCGAGUUUUCGCCGUUCGAGUUUGGCAGCGCCGAGCAUGGUCUGUGGGUACCGGCAUGGGGGCUGGGGCGGCCGAUGGCUGAUGGUGAGGAAUUGUUCAAGCUGGGAGAAAUGCACUUUGGCAGCAUCAUGGGUGCUGUCUCGUCAGCGUUUUGUGCCAGCAUUAAGGCAAUGCUCAUGGAAAUAUACCUGGUCGCGCCGGCCUCGCUCAGUAGCGUGAUCGGGCAGCUGGUGAACCGCUAUGACCAUGACACAUCGGUGUCUCACCCAAUCCCACCCUACACCAUGUUCAAUCCAUUCCGCCGAGACACUUCCAGGUCUUCUGAUCCGCGGCGUGCCGAACUCCAGGAACACAGCUUCCUGUCGCUAAUGGAUGCGGGUAUGGACAAUAACCUGCCAUUCGCGCCCUUGCUGCGACCCGAGCGCAACGUCGAUGUCAUUAUCUGCCUCGACUCGAGCGCCAACAUCGAAUUAAUGUCGUGGUUUUCGAGGGCCGAGAGGUGGGCAGAGCAAAAUGGGGUGACGCGCUGGCCAUGGGGCGCGCGCCCGUGGAAGGCAGAGCCGCUGCUGUCUGAUGCCAGCUCUCAGAGCUCAUUUGCGACCUACGCAGCCAGGGACGCUGCUCAGCGCACCGAGGAGAGCAUGCCCACUAUCAGCGUCAUCUACCUGCCGUUGUUGCCAAACAGCAGCUUUACGGAUCCCGAGUUUGAUCCUGCAACCGCAGACUUUUGCGCAACUUUCAACGCCCAGUGGAAACCGGAGCAGGUCGACAAGCUGGCGGACCUGACAUCGGCAAACUUUGAGCAAGAGCUGGAGCGCAUUCGCAUGGCAGUCAAGGACGCGUAUCUGAAAAAGAAGGCAUAUCGCGAGUACCUUGAAAGGUACGGUUAA